CUCGAUCCUCCGUGCAAGGCGGCAGACAGCAUGAGGCUCACGUUGGCCUGGCUCAGCCUCUGCCUGGCGAUUUAUUGCGGCGGUGGCCAUGGCCAUGGCAAUGUGGUCCUAUCUUUGCCACCAUCGCUUAUCGCCACGGCCACGAAGGCGGCCUUGAGCCACCAACAGCAGCAGCAGCAGCAUCAGAAAAAGGAUGCACGCGUCCUGUUUGACAGCCCCGCCGAUGCACUGCGCGAUAUGAUGCACAAUGGCAAUGGCAAUGGCAAUGGAGAUGGCAAUGGCAAUGGCAGUGGACCCAUGGAUUCUGGAAAAUUUAGCCUGGCCGAUGUGGAGCAAACAGCACCGCGGCACUCUGAGGAUUUUAAUCGAAACGCAGAUGAUUUAGGGGCCAGGCAAUCAGCGCCGCAGGAAAUUGCAAUGGGAAUGGAACUGGGCAUGGGACUGGGCAUGGGUCUGGGUCUGGGUCUGGAGCCCAACAACUAUCGCACCACGCCCCCUCAUCGGUAUUGGGGCCAGCGUUGCCAGGGUCGAUCCGGCGGAUCCAGCAAGUGUCCGCAGGAGUACUAUCGCACCAUGCUGGCGGCCAGGAACAAAGAGGCCCUGUCCCGCCUCCACAUGCAGCUCAGUUCGAUGCAGGAUUCCGAGUCUGGGGCCAGCUCAGCAUCGGCUUCCGAGGAGGAUGACGCGGUCGACGACGAGGAGCAGAGCAACAAUGAGGUCUACAUGCUGCUCACUGGCGAACAGGAUCUCAUGAAGUUCCUGCACUGGGCCAUGCAGCUCCUGUACCCCAUUCAACGUCCUUCGGGCAACCUGAGCGAUGGGGCUGCCGAGAACUACUACCCGGGGAUGUUCCUUUGGAAGAAACUGAAUCUAUCCGGUCAUCUGGAGCCCCCACUGAUUGUGGAUGAGCCGCAGUAUGUGCUCGUCAGAAGGGAGAAGCUCUUCGAUGGCUAUCAGUUUGGAGAAGACAUGAGCAAGGAGAACGAUCCUUUCAUACCGCCGCGGGGUCGCAAGCACAGCGGAUCGCCGGAUCUGGACGCCCUGAUGAACCGGUACGAGCCCUUUGUGCCCAAUCGCGGCAAGCGCGACAAGGUCAAGGAUCUGUUCAAGUAUGACGACCUGUUCUAUCCGCACCGCGGCAAAAAGCAUCGCAACCACUUCCAAGUGGACGAUCCCUUCUUCGCCACCCGGGGCAAGAAGCUGCAGCUCCGGGAUCUUUACAACGCCGACGAUCCAUUCGUUCCGAAUCGCGGCAAGCGGCACUUGACAGCCAGCGCUGGGAAAUUGGGAGAGCGGGUGGUGGCGCAACCGGCGGGUGACAGCAACAACUACUGGCCGCUGAGAAUGUCAACGCAUAAAAUUAAUGGUUACGAUCAAUCAGUCAGGCCAUCACUGUCAGUGGAGGAUGCUGCUGCCCCAUUGGCUUCUUGGCGACUGCCCGCUAAUAGAUUGCACUCGACAAGAUCAAUGUCAGCCGAUCUGGCGCAGCAAUUGCUCUUGCCACAUGUCCGCUUCAUUGGCAAUCCGAACAUGCGCCAGCAGCAGCAGCAGCAGGUGAAAACCUCAUACCCAUCCUCCUGGCCAGCAGAGGAGCGCCUCCGGAGAUCCAUCCCGGCCCCGGGCGGUGGUAACGAUGCCCACGAGACACAAUUAACGCAAUCGCACCCGGCUAAUCCACAGUUGGACUCUGAUGCGGACAACCUAAACAUUUAA